UCUAAUUUUACAUUAAAUUCUUUAGUAACAGCUUCUGCCGUGUGUGAAGAUCAUCAUAAGCAAGCAAAGAGUUUUGUUCUGGUAAAGAACCGUUCAAAGGAAUCAGGUUGUCAACAUCUAUCUGGGUGGAGUUUGUUCUCCCUUUCCAUGUGGGGAUUUUCUCCAGGUACUCUGACUUCCUUCUAGCUCAAAGUUACAUGGAGGCUUUAAAUAGUCUCAGACUUUUGCCUCUGGUCCUGGGAAGCCUGAAGGAACACCCACGGCACCAUGCAGGGGGCUAAUAACUGUAGAAAGAACGAUGCUAGCUGACACGGUGAGUCCAAAGAGAAGUCAGGUGACUGAUGGUUCUGAUGAGAACAAGCAGAACCAGGCAACGUUCCUGAUGACAGAUCGGCCUUCAGCUGCAGGGAAUCUCCAGUCCAUCCAUGAAGACUGUAGAGGAACUGGCACUGAUGUAUCUGUCUGUGUUUUCAGCUCCAUGUGGAGACAACAUGUAUGAUGAAGAUGGGAAGAAGCUUCCUCCAUGUAUUCCUGGAGCCUGGCUGACCCCGGCCAUCAUGGCGUGUUACCUGCUGGUGGCCAACAUCCUCCUGGUCAACCUGCUCAUUGCCGUCUUCAACAACACCUUCUUUGAGGUGAAGUCCAUCUCCAACCAGGUGUGGAAGUUCCAGCGGUACCAGCUGAUCAUGACCUUCCACGACCGCCCCAUCCUGCCGCCGCCCCUCAUUGUCUUCCCCCACAUCUACAUCGCCCUGAAGAGGCUGUGCUGCACCUGCAGGCGAAAGCCGGAGGGGGAGCGGGACGACCGCGCGCGCCGGCUCCAGCUGGUUCUGAACGCAGAAGAGAUAAAGAGUCUGUACGAGUUCGAGGAGCAAUGUGUGGAGGAAUACUUUAGAGAGAAAGAAGACGAGAAGCAGUCCUCCAACAACGAGCGAAUCAGAGUCACAGCUGAGAGGGUGGAGAACAUGGCAAUGCGGCUGGAGGAGGUGAACGAGCGGCAGCGCUCCAUGAAGGCGUCACUGCAGACGGUGGACCUGCGCCUGGCCCAGUUGGAGGAUUUCUCCGGCCGGAUGAUGAACGCCCUGGAGAAGUUGGCCGGAGUGGACCGGGCCGAGCUGGUCCGGUCUCGCUCCGGGGGCUCGUCGGUGUUCGAGCCGCCCGGCCCAAUGCGGCGCAGCAGCGUCGGCAGUGUCGACGGCUGCAGCCUGUACCGGUACCAGCUGGACCACGACGACCAGACGGACGCUGAGGAGAGGAGAGUCCGUCUGAGUCCAGAGAGAGAAACGGCGAAUUCCACGGGAGCAAAAACAGCAGGCGAUCUCGUCUCCAGUCUGAGGGACAGGACACAGUCUCUGUCCAACGUGGACAUCUUGAUCUCACCGUGUGGCCCCGCCUCUCCUCUUCGUCACGGCAACCCGGCGGACGCCGACGGUCUGGCCCAGAGGAGCCGGCUGCAGGCCGGCUCCUCUGGGCCCCUGGACAAGGCGAUGCAGUAUUUAUUGUCUCCAGAUGCCCAACAGGGGGCGCUCCACAGCCCACCCCGCCCCACGAUGAAGGGCGCUGAUGAAGAGGAGGGAGCCAGGCCUCCAGCUCCUGAACCAGAUGCUGAUGAAGAGGAGCUGCUGGUGGAUGAAGAUAGGAAGUACCCGAGCCUUCGAUCCAAAAGUUUCAGCAGUAACCAGGUGAUGAAGAGGACGAAGAGGUGUGAGGAAGAGGAGAAACCCCGCCCCUCCAGCAGUGUCACAGACCUGGUGUCAGUGUUCAGACGGAAUCAGAACCAGAACUAG